AUGGUGUUCCGGUUUUGCGGCGUACAGCUUGCGAAGCUUCAUCAGCUCCUGUUGCGUAAGCAUCAAAAAUUGCUGUUUACCUCGCUGUUGAUUGGUUUGACCACUGCAACCGCUCACUGGCAAUCCAAUCGCCAUCCCGCCCUGAUGAAUCAUUUCCACGAAAAUUUACGCACCUUUCCGUGGGAAAUUUCGUUCGGUGCCUUCGCCCUCCUGUCCAUCGGUGCCCUGCUCUCCUACGGCUUAUACCGGCACUAUCGCUGCGGCAAGGAACGUCGAGUAAGGGCAUCGGUACAGCAACGAUACAUCGACUACAUUGUGCUUUGUCUAAUGGUAAGCGUAGCCAAAGCUGCCCGCCAACAUCUGCACUGCCCCGACAAGGAGGGACUAGCGUUGCAGCAGCUGGAAGAAUAUCGGCGUGACAUCGAGGUCGCCAUCGCUCGCUUUCGGGCCAGUGCGAGAAAACUGUUUCAGGAACCACCAGCAACGUUUGCCAAUUCGAACGCCUUUCUCGAACGAUACUUCCGGCUUGAUGACGAACGAUUCGGAGAGGAGAUCCUGGCACUGAAGCGAGACGCAGGAUCUCUGAUGAACGUACCUACCAUCAAAGGAUUGCUAAACUGGUAA